AUCUUGAAGCUUCUUUCCCGAGUCACUUUGACUCUCUUUGACUCUCUUUGACUAGCUUUGACUAGGCAACUAGUUAUUAAAAGCAAACAUCAACCAAGUACUUGAUCUCAACAAUCAUGUCUACCCAACGCCUCUGGCUUCGCUGCGAAAAGAAAGAGUUUGAGCGUCGCUCAGCCCUCACACCUACCACCGCGAAGAAACUGAUUGAUGCUGGCUUCCAAAUCAGUGUCGAACGCGAUGCACAACGGAUUUUCGAUGACGCUGAGUUCGAGGCGUAUGAAAACAACUCAUGGCCCAACGCCCCUACAGAUGUCCCCAUCAUCGGAUUGAAGGAGCUUCCAGAAUCCCAAGAUCCCCUGCCCCAUACACACAUUCAGUUUGCCCACUGUUACAAGCAGCAAGCAGGAUGGUCAUCCGUGCUGGCUCGUUUCUACAAGGGAGGAGGUACACUCUAUGAUCUGGAGUUCCUCACCGAUGCUACGGGUCGGCGUGUUGCUGCUUUCGGCUACCACGCUGGCUUUGCUGGUGCUGCCGCUGGUGCACUUGCUGUGGCCGCGCAACGGUCAGGAAAGAAGUUAGGCCGCUUGGAACCUUAUGAGAAUGAGACUGCCAUGAUCGAUGAUGUCAAGAACAUGCUCGGCGGCAACGUCAAUGGCGUCAAAGCUCUCGUAAUUGGCGCCCUCGGACGAUGCGGACGCGGAGCUGUGGAUCUUUUCCGCAAGAUUGGUCUGGCUGAAGAUAACAUAGUCAAGUGGGAUAUGGCUGAGACUGCCAAAGGGGGCCCAUUCCAGGAAAUCAUUGACGUGGAUAUCUUCGUCAACUGCAUCUACCUGUCAUCUUCGAUCCCGCCCUUUUUAACGAAGGACCAAAUCAUCGCUGCCGGCCAAGGUAGACGGCUAUCUGUAGUUGUGGAUGUCAGUUGCGACACCACGAACCCGUUCAAUCCCAUCCCAAUUUACAGUAUAAAUACAACUUUCUCCGAACCAACUGUUCCUUUGGAUCUCGGACAUGACUUUCCAUCGCUGUCGGUGAUCUCCAUCGAUCACCUACCAACCCUGUUGCCCCGUGAGGCUUCUGAACAGUUCAGUAACGAUUUGUUACCAUCACUCUUGGAGCUUCCUCGACGAAUGACCGCGAAGGUCUGGACUGACGCAGAGAAGUUGUUCAAUGAGAAGCAAAGAGAGGCAGUUGAGGCGGAAGGCCUGUGA